AUGCCGGCUACGAGCUCCGAGGCGGAUGUGAUAUUCAACAGAGCCAACGUUGCUCUUGCGAGAAGCCAGAGACUGAUCGCAUCCUGGCUGCCUCCUAAAACGGCCGAUGAAACAGCCAAUGCAAAGUCUGAAGAAGAGCUCCAGAAGGAGGAAGAUGAGAUAUUCACAGCAGUCCCGGAGAAACUGGGCCUGGGAGCUCCUAUUCCGCAGAAAGAAGCUGACGGCAGCAUCAAACGAACUGAACUCAGCUCUAAUGACAAGCUUCGGGAGCAGCUAUUAGGCAAAAACUUUCAAAAGACCGAAGCAUCAAGGUUGAAAAACGCCAACGCCCGAACCAAACAGACCGGUCCAACCCCCAGCCAGAAAAAAGAGAUAGUCGAGGAAAGUGACGAGGAAGACGGCAGGGGCGGAUCCUGGUGGGAAAAAGAGAGCUAG